AGUCAGGCGGGAGCGUGCGUACACUCGCUCCUUUCUUUUUUUCUCCUCCAGAAGUAGCUGGGAGCGAUGGCGGUGAAGGCGCUCAACCCCAAAGCUGAGGUAGCACGGGCCCAAGCAGCCCUGGCGGUGAAUAUCAGCGCGGCGCGGGGCCUCCAAGAUGUGCUCAGGACAAAUCUUGGGCCCAAAGGAACUAUGAAAAUGCUUGUGUCUGGUGCUGGUGAUAUCAAGCUUACCAAAGAUGGCAAUGUCCUGCUUCAUGAGAUGCAAAUCCAACAUCCAACAGCUUCCUUGAUAGCCAAAGUAGCAACAGCACAAGAUGACAUCACUGGUGAUGGGACUACUUCUAAUGUCCUUAUAAUUGGUGAGCUGCUCAAGCAGGCAGAUCUCUAUAUUUCAGAGGGGUUACAUCCUCGAUUAAUUACAGAAGGAUUUGAAGUUGCAAAAGAAAAAGCUCUUCAGGUUCUGGAGCAGGUCAAAGUAGCAAAGGAAAUGGACAGAGAAAUACUCCUAGAUGUUGCUAGAACUUCUCUCCGCACAAAGGUCCAUGCUGAGCUUGCUGACAUCUUAACUGAGGCUGUAGUCGAUUCGAUUCUGGCAAUCAGAAAACCAAACGAGCCAAUAGAUCUUUAUAUGGUUGAAAUAAUGGAGAUGAAGCACAAAUCUGAAACAGACACAAGCCUAAUAAAAGGACUUGUCCUAGACCAUGGCGCUCGUCAUCCUGACAUGAAGAAGAGGGUUGAAGAUGCUUACAUCCUUAUUUGCAAUGUGUCACUAGAAUAUGAAAAAACGCUGCGUAGUUCCAGGUGCUGGAGCCCUGGAGGUGGCAAUAGCUGAUGCCCUUGUGAAGCAUAAGCCCAGUGUGAAAGGAAGAAGCCAGCUGGGGGUUCAAGCAUUUGCUGAUGCAUUGCUGAUCAUCCCUAAGGUACUUGCUCAGAAUGCUGGCUACGAUCCUCAGGAAACACUAGUUAAAGUUCAAACAGAAUAUGCUGAGUCAGGUCAACUAGUGGGGGUGGACCUAAAUUCUGGUGAACCAAUGGUGGCAGGAGCAGCUGGAGUCUUGUAUAAUUACAGUGUUAAAAAACAGUUGCUUCAUUCCAGCACUGUUAUUGCUAGCAACAUUCUCUUGGUUGAUGAAAUUAUGCGAGCUGGAAUGUCAUCUCUCAAAGGCUGAAUUGGAAGACCUCUUGAGUGGGGAAUUUCUACCAAUGGUUUCCUGAGUUCAUGUUAACAACAUCCCUUUUCCAACAUGUAAUUCAAAAAUUAUAGGAGGAAGAAAACUUUACCUUCAGGAAUUUGGCCACUCACAAAUCUUUCAUUUCUAUAGAAUCGAUUACUAUUUAUUUUUUACAUGCACUGAACAAAUGCAUCUGAAGUUACUGUCUUUCAACCCAUUAAAGUUUUGCCCUCUCUUCAGAUUUGAGUAUUGUCUAUUUUAAUAAUAUUCAUUGUUUAUAUCAUUUUCUAUAGUUUCCAUGGUAUUAAAAAAAACCUAUCCUUUU